AAGUUCGUGUGAAGCCCGAUCAAUUAUUUUUUAUAUCAUAUUGGACAUUAAUUAGAUAUUAACAAUGUUUCGUAGAUUGUAGUUGUAUGCAACAAUAGAAAUGAGGCAAAUUAUACAUUUUUAAAAAUUUUUGGAAUUUAUUCCAGGAACAUUCCAAACUUCAACUAAAUAUUUUUGUUAAAUUGCCGAAGCAUACCUAUAUGUGUACACCUGUGUGAAGAAAAGAAUGUAAAUAAUGAAUAAUACAGAUAACGAGAAAUAAGAUAACUUAUGAAUCAAUGAUACAAAUAUUAGAGGCAUGAAAAACGUUUUGUCUUUUUUUCAGUAUUUUGAUAUUAUUAUUUAAACGUCAAAUAAAGUCUCGCUUUUUUAUGUUUUUGAAGAGUUGGCAGCAAAGUUUGUGAAACGUAUAUUAUGAUUUAACAAUAAACAUAAUUUCGAAAAAAAAGUAAACGCGAUGAGCAAUGAAAAGCAAUUAUAUGUAUGCUUUCCGUAUUCAAAUCGUUUUAAAUUUGGGCUGGAAAGUUUUUUUCGCACGCGGCGUAUUCAUCCAACUUGGUGUCUUCGGAUUAUUACUUAUCCUAGUCAAUAUGCAAUAUUGUUUAACUGUAUAGUAUUUUUUUCCAGAUGUAGCUGAGAUGCGAAAAACCUUUUUUUCGCGAAGGAAUUCAAAAUUUACCCGAGAAAUAGCAGAAAAUCGCGAGAGCAAAUAUUUUGGUGACUAAAUUGUACUGCACAUAUUAUUCACCUAAAGCGAAAAACGUGCAAAACGUGACUGAAACUUUUGCUAGUACACCUAAUAAUAAAUAAAAACUAAUAAUAAAUAAUAAUUAAGUAUUGAAUUUUUCUUACAUGAACAUUUCUCUCCAUAAUACUGGAUUUCAACUAAAAUUUGCAGACGCGAAGGAAGAAAAGAAAUAUUGCUGUAAUGAGAAAAAGAGCGCGCGCAUGCUCCUGCCGAGAAGGAGGCGCGUUCGAGAGUUUGUGGGAAGUUGAGUUCCGUGUUUCAUUCAGUUUACCGGCACUAUUUGUGCGUUACGGUACGGAUUCGUUCCGCGGACGCAUUUUCAGAGCCUAAGCGGGUCGGUGAUCAGUGAGGUGACAGGAAACAUACGUUAGAUGCUCACGGUACUGAUACCGAGAUUAUAAUUUAGGAUAUCUCAGUGUGCGUUUCGUAUAAGAAGUCGCGAAAUGGUACGCUGCCGAAAAAGGCAUAUUUUGAACCAUUUAAUCAGAACAAUUCGACGAGAAUGAUAAUCGUACGUGCCGUACGUAUGAUAUUUAACAGUGGUGAUUUGCGCGCGUCAGUUUGAGUGAAUUUCAGUUCGACGAUUUGCUCAUGGUGAUAUUGAGGGAGACAGUUUGACGUGCCGCAAUAAAUUGCACCGACGCAGCUGAUUAAAUCGAAAAAUAAACUGUAUUCAAUUUUGAGAAAUGGCAAGCAACAACGAGCUCGUGUAUGACCGGAUUGAGUUGUCUGUUCGAAUAAAAGUGGAUUAUUGGCGAUUUAUAAAAGAUGGCAUCGCCAACGGUUCGUUAGAAUCACAUUAACGCGAUGCAUUCGCGAAGUUUCAGUGCCCAUAAGAAGAGGCGAUCGAAGAACUCGACUCAGAUCGCAUUUAAUCGACCGUGUAAUUAUUUGAAAUUUCAGCAAACUUGUUCAUUCUUCUUUACUAAUAAACAAUUGCAGUCUAUAGUAAUUAGCGUUCUAAUUAAUUAAUGCUUCAAUAAGCAUGAUUUUUCAGUAAAUCGUCGAAUCGGCGACUACAUCGUUAAUUUUAAUUUAAUUAAAGUCCUAAUUUGAAUUAAAGACUAACUAAUUGCGAUCUUUCGAUACCUCGAGAAAUCGAAAAUCACGAGAUUGGACAGAAUUCCGGCGAAAUGAUGCGAAAUUCCAUCAGUCGAAGGAAUUACGCGUGGAACGCACAGUCAAAUAGCGGUGAAUUUAAUUAUGCGAUGGUGAUCGACAAUUGCGUUCUCUUAGGAUGCAAAUGUGUCCAUAAUUACAGCAUUAUAGUGCACUUGUGUGUAAAAUUUCGUGAGACUCGAAAUCAAAUUUGGCAAAUAUUCUCGAAAUACUUCUGAUUUUUGAUGAGGCAAACUCAAGAAAUGCCACUCUAGAGCUUGUUUUUUUUAUAAAUGUAGAAUAUGUUCUUCUUCUUGUCUUGCCAAUUUAUCAGCGAACUUUCUUUCAAGAAAUUGCGCGGAAUAAAAAUAGAAUUCCAAGUAUUGCGUUGUGGAUUCUUUGCUAAAAUAGUGAGAAAGAGAAAUCAGCACAGUAUCGAUUAUACUAUCAAAUGGCUUAACAUAUUUUUUCUUAUUAAAUUUUUUCCACUGAAUUGCUUCGACAACAAAAAUGAUAUCCGCGAAACGCGGUCGCGCAUUUUUAUUUAACCAACGUACUUCUAGUUAUUUUACGCUGUCAAUCGAAUAACGCAAUUCCGUUACCAGAAAAAAACCAGCAAAGUUAUUCUACUUUAAUCGCCUAAAGCGCGAAAGAGUUAACAAUGUUAAUCGAUCACACCGAGACGCGAAAUAUCAGAGAGAGAAAUUUCCGGAGUGCGAAUCCUCAUCAAGAUUUUUUCGUAAAUUGAUACUCUCGCUAUCUCUCUCAGCCAUUCCAAUCGAAGAGAUUUAAACCGAAGUUUUGUUUCAAAAGAAGGAGACUAAUCGGGAGAUUUUGCAGAGCAAACAAUUUCUCGCGAUUAUUUCGGUCACGACAAUCGGUUCUCCAUCACGUCAAAUGAAAUAAUUAACGGUGAAUUAGCGCGACGAGAGGGACUUGAUAAUGUCACUUUACCUCGACACGUUUUGUCAACGCACGUCUCGUCUCGACAAAAGUGAUUAUCAUAAAAGCCGAUAAACGAGAUCCACGUCGGAAAGGUCGUAUUUUUGCAUUCGUGCGAUUCUCGAAAGUGAGUUUUCUUGGACAAUUUGUUUUAUUGAGCUAUAUAUUACGAUAUAUUGGUAGAAUACUGAUCAAUAAAAAUUCUAAAAUUUCAAAGCUUUUGCCAGAUUGGCGUGACGAUGACCACAAUUAUCGUCUGUAUGUAAAUAGGCCUAUAAAUACAUAACUCGACUAUAUAAAAAGCAAUGGCAAACCAUAUGAUAAAUUGAGGCGGAUGAUAGCGUAAAGCUGCUGAGCGUGUGAUCGUGAAAAGUAUAUAUAGGACAUGUAGGGAUAUAUAAGUGGCCUAAAAGUGAAAAGGAAGAUUGGUGGACAAGAAAGUGGAGGAAAUUGCAUUUUGCUUCGCGCUUGAAGAAUGUUGACGACAAUGUCCACGGUCUCGCUCGAAUUGAAUUCCUCCUAUUACACAACGGCGAUCGGCAACAGCGCGCUCGAAAAUGGAUUCUCAGUAAUUGAACCAGAGAACGCUACUUCCGAGCUGUACAUGCUUCCCGCCUACAUUCGAAUUACAUCCAUGGUAACCUGCAUUAUCGUCAUGAUAUUAGGAAUCGUUGGUAAUUUGAUGGUACCGUUAGUGGUUCUACAAGGCAAGGACAUGAAAAACAGCACAAACAUCUUCCUGGUGAAUCUUAGCAUCGCUGACCUGUGCGUGCUCGUCAUUUGCACGCCCACCGUACUCAUCGAACUACAAGCAGGACCACAAGUUUGGCCGCUCGGCGAGCACAUGUGUAAAGCUGUUCCAUUUGUAGAACUAACAGUUGCACACGCUUCGGUGCUUACCAUUUUGGCUAUUAGCUUCGAACGCUACUACGCCAUCUGCGAGCCUUUGAGAGCGGGGUAUGUUUGUACCAAAAAAAGGGCAACGUUGCUGUGUGUGUUGGCCUGGAUAACUGCAGCCAUGUGUACAAGCCCCAUACUACUUAUGGUGACUUAUGAGGUUGAGGAGUACGACGAUGGUACUUAUAUCCCAACGUGUACAACACCGGCUUCGUCGACGUGGAUGACAGGUUUUAUUCUGACCACCAUUCUGAUAUUCUUCGUCAUCCCUAUGUUGCUUCUAAUUAUCCUGUACACGGUGAUUGCCCGACACUUGAUGGCGAAUCCGGCGAUAAGUCGAGGGCCGGCAAACAAUCUGCUCAAAUACCGCAAGCAAGUGGUCCUAAUGCUUGGCACAGUCGUAUUAUGCUUCUUUUUGUGCCUUCUACCAUUUAAGGCCUUUACACUCUUCGUCAUAUCUGUUCCGCCAAAGAUAAUCGUCUCGCUCGGUAUCGAGGGUUAUUACAGCCUACUGUACUUCUGCAGACUCAUGUUGUAUCUAAACUCUGCGAUCAAUCCGAUCCUGUACAACCUGAUGUCGAGUAAAUUCAGAGAAGGUUUCCUCAAGCUAUGUGGCUUCGGACUCAUUAGGCAACGUAAAAAGAAAAGCAUGUCAGAGCGUACGGGCACUUAUACAACCGGAUCAACUAAUUGCAGCAGCAAUCACUCAGAUUUCUGGCGGCGGCACAGCAGCAACAAGAGCUCUAGCGUGAAGGUACCAAGCAACGAUCAUGCAUCUGUGGACAAACAGAUCAAGCUACCCUUGUUUACAACCGUCGUGACUGGAAAUAUCGCUAAAAAGAAGCAAGAGAGCUAUGUUUAACUCUUUACGAAUCGACUUCUAAACGUACCGAAGGAUAUUGUCUUACCGAAAGGUAGCCAAGUCAGAGAGUUCCGCUAGUUUUUAUUAUAAAAGAAGUGAAAAGUCUCAUAUAAGUACUUUUCCCAUUGUUAAAUCAAAUAUAAAUAAUCUAUUAAACGCUGUAAUAAUAUUAUAUUUUUGUAUAUAUAAAACUCUAUUUUAUUUCUUAUUUUUACAUAAGCUGGUCUCAAUUCCGGCCUUUUCAGUAUUUUUUCUUUAUUUAAAUGAAACGAGUGAUACAAUAUGUUUUUGAUGACGAGCUUAAAAUUGAUUAAGAUUAACUUCAAAUAAAAAGUAAUUAAUUAAAUUCAAAUUAAUUUUAGAUUAACAAUAUGAAAUCUUAAUCAAAGAUAUAUAUAUUUUAUUAUCCAUUUACUUUAAAUAACGUAAAAUUGCUAAAAAAAAGUGAGGAAACUUAUGUUACAAUCUAUGUGUGACUUGGAGAAUUCUUAUGUUGCAAUCUAAUAUUAAAGAUUUCUUAUAUGAGAUUUGUUUCAUUUUUUAUGUUUAUAUAAAUAAUAUUAUUUUUUCACUAUCUUUAUUCGUUUGAAAUUUCAAUUCUAUACAUUUCUCCUACCGACGUCUCGCUGCACGAGCCGCGCUCUCAUACGUUAAUAUCAAUCGUUAAUAACUCGGUUAUCGAUUAUUAUCGCAAAAUAGUACAGGAUUUUUCGACUCAGCUAAGUCUAAACUAUAUGCCAUUAACGAUGACACCCUGUAUAUUGUACCCUGAAAAUAAGAUAUUUUUAAUUCAUUAAUAGUUUAAAGUCUCAAAAAUUUAAUUCAAUUAGUUCAUUACGCUGAAUACAAAAAAUGCGUUAAAUCUUUUAUUUUAUACAAAAAAGAACAUUUUUAAAUGUUCGAUCACUGUGCAUUUAAAUAAUUAAAAAUUUUUAUUGAAUUUUUUCUAUACGCCAAUUGAUUUCGAGAGAAGUUGUAAUCCAUUAAAAUAUUGAACGCAAAUCAAAUAAUACGUGCAAUAAUGAAUUAGACUUUCUCAUAUUCUUUCAUAAAUACUGACUUUUGCACAUUAUUGCACAUGUAAAGUUCUUCAUGUGAUGAUUACAUUAGAUUAGAAAUUAUGUUUGUUCAUACUAAAUAACUUAAAAUGUUUCCUCGAUAGCAUUUUGUAACAAUGAAGUAAGAAACUGUUAAUUGUUAAAAUGAAUGUUCACUGUUAAAUGUUAAAUGUUUAUUGUAUCACCGUUAGAUUAAGAUUUGUAUAUUCGAACGAGAUUAGUACAAUAAUUGUGUCUUUAAGUGUAAUAACAGUCACUGUGACAAAACCGCGAUAACUUUAGUUCCUCGAUUUUCUAUGUGAUGUGUUGUAUAUUAUAUAUUUAUAUUAAUUAAGCAGUAUUAACUUGCACAAUAAAUUAAAAGAAUUCUUUGAGAGUUAAGAAAGUAGAAAAGUCGACAUACUUUUAUACGCAAACAUUACGUUCCUAAAUGCUUCAAUUGUAACAAAAUUAAUGUAGAUUUAAACAUAAGGUAGAAUAAAAAUAAGAAUAAACUAAUAUGUGAGAUAUAGGAAAAAAAAUGUAUUGUUGUAAAUAAGGAACUUAUUUUUAAGAGUUUCUUGUUAUCUUAUUUUUUACUAAUAGUUGGCAUACAGUUGUUUUGUUGUAUUCUAGAGAACACAAAUGCGCUCUGUGUGCUUCAACAAUGGGAUUAACAAUGGUAUCUUACCCACACCCACACCCACACCCACACCCACACACCCACACACCCACCCCCACACCCACACAGACACAGACACAGAGAGAGAGAGAGAGAGAGAGAUAGAAGCAUGAUAUUAUUAAAAAUUAGUAUAAAAAGUGAAAGCAAAAUUGCUUUUUAUGAUAAUAAAGUUCUCUAUAAAAGUACUCUAUAAAAUUCUCUAUAAAUAUACCAAAUUACAUUUUUCGGUUCAUCUUGUUAUAAAAUAUAUAGCAGAUAAUAUAAUAUUAUAAAUAUUUCUCAUAAUGCAGGCAUCUGAUAAGAAAUAUUUUUUAAUGAGACUGUAAAGAUUUAAAAGCAAACAAAAUACGGUCUUGCUCUUGAAAGUAUUAUUAACGCAAACUAGCAAAUCUCAUGUUAAAUAUUUUUUAGAAGCUUUUUUGUAUAACUAUUAUAAAAAUACUCAUAUGUUUUAAGUAUUUUUUGCAUUGUGAAAUCAACUGUUUCUUCUUUCUACAAUAAUAAAAUGAAAGUCUGACUUAAAUAUACAUUAGUAACAGAAUUAUGAUAUGUCGACACCACUGGCAACUUUAUUCAGUGAAAAACAACGUUUCGACCAGAAUUUCUGGCCCUCUUCAGGUUUCAAGUUAAUAUAUACAGUUAAUUACAAUGUCGUUUUCUUCCUAUAACCAAUCAAUAACGCAAAUUACACUACAAUUUAAUAACUUAAACAGGCACACAAUAUGAUUACAAUAAAAAUUCACUUCGAUAAAUUACAACAGAAUAACAUACUAACCAAAAAAAGGACAUCGCAUAAACUAUCGAACAAUGACAAAGAAUCACGUCCGUACUCGAUAAUGACAAGUCGAAGAAUGAUGUUUUCGGUGACGAAUCAAAACAGUUCUAAAUAUUUUUCAGUAUAGGAUCAUAAACACCCGGCAAGUUAUCAGUGUCCGUCUGUAGAUUGAUCGCAUUGUGAUGUCUUUUAAUAAAAAUCAUUUCCGCCA